AUCCCCACUCCCUCUCUCGAACUCUAGGGUAUCCAUCUCCGAAACCACUCUCUUCAGCUCUCCCCCUUAGGGUUUCAAUUUCAUCCCAAUAAUGUACAUAAAGGACAUCUGCUUGGAGGGCUUCAAAUCCUACGCCACUCGCACGGUCGUCCCUGGCUUCGAUCCCUACUUCAAUGCCAUCACCGGCCUUAAUGGUUCCUGCAAGUCCAACAUUCUUGACUCCAUCUGCUUUGUGUUGGGCAUUACCAAUUUGCGGCAGGUUCUGGCUUCCAAUCUCCAGAAGCUGGUCUAUAAGCAAGGCCAAGCUGGGAUUACCAAGGCCACCGUGUCGGUGGUGUUUGAUAAUUCUGAUAGGAGUCGGAGUCCGCUCGGCUACCAGGAUUGUCCAGAAAUUACGAAAAUACGGCAGAUUGUGGUUGGUGGAAGGAACAAAUACCUAAUAAAUAGACACCUUGCCCAGCCUAGUUGAGUUCAAAACCCUUUCCACUCUGUACAGCUCAAUGUUAACAACCCACAUUUUCUCAUAAUGCAAGGGCGCAUCACGAAGGUCUUAAACAUGAAACCUCCAGGGAUUUUAUCUAUGCUUGAAGAGGCUGCUGGGACAAGAAUGUAUGAAAAAGAAGAGGCUGCUCUGAAAACACUUGAGAAGAAGUAGAGCAAAGUUGAUGAGAUUGAUAAUCUUCUUGACUAGGAGAUAUUGCUUGCUUUGGAGAAGUUGAGGAAAGAACAUAUGCAGUAUAUGCAAUGGGCUAAUGGCAUUGCAGAAUUAGAUUGACUUAAAAGGUUCUGCAUUGCCUAUGAAUUUGUUCAGGCAGAGAAGAUUAGGGACAGUGCAGUCUCUGGGGUUGAACAAGUAAAGACAAAGACUGCUGAUAUCGAAGAGAGUCACAAAAGGAUGCAGGUGGAAAUACAGGAAAUGGAGACACAAGUGUCAAACUUGACUGCUGAAAAGAAGGCAAGUCUGGGCGGAGAGGUAAAAGUUUUAUCAGAGAACAUAGAUGCUCUUUCUCGUGAGCUUGUGAAGCAAGCAUCAGUACUGAAAAAUCAAGAAGACACUCUCAGGAGUGAAAAAGAGAAUGCUGAAAAGAUUGUUACAGGUAUUGAAGAUUUAAAACAGUCUGAAGAGAGGGCCUCUGUUGUCAAAAGGGCUGAAGAUGGGGCAGUUGAUCUAAAACAAAGAGUUGAGGGACUUUCUAAGAAUUUGGAAGAGUGUGAAAAAGAGUACCAGGGUGUUCUAGCCGGUAAGAGCAGUGGAAGUGAGGAAAAAUGCCUUGAAGAUCAACUAGCUGAUGCAAAAGUAGCAGUUGGGAGAGCAGAAACAGAAUUGAAACAGCUCAACACAAAAAUAACUCAUCGUGAGAAAGAGCUGAAAGAGAAAACAAAUGAGUCAAUAUCUAAGCGUGAAGAAGCUGUUUCUGUUGAGAAUGAGCUUAAUGUGAGGAGAAAGGAUGUGGAAAAUAUCAAAAUGGCAUUGGAAUCUCUUACAUACAAAGGUCAGAUGGAAGCUUUACAAAAGAUUGCAUAAUGCUUUUUAGGAAUGUGCUCUUAAGCUGGACGUGGUGCAGAAGUUUCUUAGUCAAUGCAGCUUCCAGAUUGGUUGGUAAGGAGAAUACAGAACUGGCUCUUUCUUUGGUUGGAUAUGAUGAGGAACUGAAGGUAUGCAUGAUGUUGAACCUCAUCAUUGAAUGUUGCGCAUUAUGAAAUGUUUGUAUAUUGCCAUGUUACUAGAAAUUUUAGUGCUUGGACAUAAUUUCAUCCAUAGUUUUAAAAGGCUCAAGGCGCACCAAGACGC